AUGGAGGAAGCGAGGAAAGCAAAAAUUCUCAAUAAACGAAAAAGAAAAGCUGAAAAUGAAAACAAUAAACUUUUGAUUGUUUCCACUUCUGCUGAUCUUGCUGAACUACAUAUGAAACAAGGACGAUAUGAAGAAGCUAUUGAGGAAUAUGAAACUAUUGCAAACAUUUAUAAAUCUAACAACAAACUUGAAUAUGCAAAAGCCCAUAGAGGUAUUGGUGAAGCUUAUAUGGGUCUACAAAAGUUUGAGGAAGCUUUGAAACAUCAAAAAAUCUACUUGAAUAUUGCUCUAGAAGAAAAAAAUGAUAUAGAACAGCAGAGGGCAUAUGCAACUAUUGGACACAUGUAUUUGUCUCACUACCUUGAGACACAAAAUGAUCCUGAGAAAAAUCUAAAUAUUGCCUACACAAACUUUAUGAAGAGUCUGAUGAUUGCAGAAAAUUUGACAGGUAUACCUAAGCUUGAAAAAGCUGAUAUGCUUGCCAGGUUACUCUCAAACCUUGGCCUUGUGAAAGAAAGUCUUGGUGAUUAUACCAAGGCUUCUGAACUCCUGAAAAGGUCUGUUGCCAUGUGUAAGCAACAUGACAUCUAUGAGCAAUUGAUCAGAGGAUACAUGUCAAUAGCUUCUCUCCAUGAUAAACAUGGUCAAAGUAAUGAUAUUAAUGAUGCUAUUCAUCAUUAUAAUCUAGCCAUUGAUGCUGCAAAAAAUUUGAAAGGAAAUGUUGAUCUUAUAUGUGCAGCUCUAUUAGCAAAAUCUGAUCUUUUGAUAAAGGUGUCUGAUUUUCAUAGUGCCAAACAGGCUUUAUUGAAGGCAUACAAGUUAAGGACACCUAAUAUACAGGAAAGGGAUGUGAUUGAAAAAAACCUCAGGAUAGUUGCCAGUAUGUGUCAACUAGAGGACAAACUUUUUGUUUCUUGCAACAAUGACAAAGAACUAGAGAAAUUGUAUGAACAAAUGGGAGAUUAUGCCUGUUCACUGAAACACUUUUCAAAGGCCAUUGAGUACUACAAAUUGACAUUGAAGCAUGCUGAAAAAUCUGGGACCAAUGGGAAGACACUUGCUUCUUACUACUAUAGUCUAGGAGAAUGCUAUAAAGACAUGUCACAGUACAAGGAAGCAGAAAAGUAUUAUGAAAAGGAAUACAACCUAUGUGAUAACCUUAAAGAUAACUUGAACACCCUGAGUAAGAUUGCUGAUACAAAAGAAACUGCAAAUGCUCCUGUGACUGAAGUGAAAGCUGUUUAUGAAAGGGCUCUAAAGAAUUGUCAAAAUAGUGGUAACUUGAAAGAAGAAAGACGUAUGGUAGAGAGGUGUAUAAAAUAUUUACAAAGAUCAAAUAAUCCAUCAGAUGCAUCCCAAAUGGUCAAAUAUCUUGAAUCUUUGGAUGUUCCUGAUGAUGAAGAGUCAUCUUCAUCUUCAGAAAAUGAAAGUGAGGAAGUUGAAACUGGAUAUGAAAUAGACUUAGAAGACAUCACAGACAAUAGUGAGGAUUCUGACAUUGAACAACAAUCCAAAAUUGAAUCUUCAUCUGUUAUUGGUAGGCGAAGAAACAAAAAUAUUGUUAAAAAAAAUGCCAAGGGAGAAUCCAAACUCCAUCUGGCCUGUAUCAGCGGACAGGUUCCUGUGGUGCAACAUCUGUUGCAGCAGGGGCAUCCUGUUAAUGUUAGAGAUAAUUCUGGUUGGUUGCCACUGCAUGAAGCAUGCAACCAUGGCCAUUUGGACAUAGUAAGAAUGUUGCUGGACAAGGGAGCAACAAUAAAUGAUAGAGGAGGGACACAAUGUGAUGGAAUCACUCCUCUCUAUGAUGCAGCCAACAAUGGUCAUCUUAGAAUCGUCGAGUUACUUUUAGACCGCGGGGCUUCUGCCGUCGUCAAAACUGAUACUGGCGAUUCCGCAUUGAAUGUACUGAGAACUUGGCAUCGCAAGGAUCCUUUUGUCGGAGAAGAUUUAGAACUGUACGAAAAACUUACGAAAAGAAUGUCCGAAGUCUUGGAGAAAUUGGGACACAAAGUAGAUGAAGAAGAUGCGGAUUGUGGCGAUAAUCGAGAAAGAGAUAAGGAAAAAAGGACCCGAUUAGUGAUUGGGGGAAAAGAAAAUCGGUCGAGAAGUUAUCAAGAACUGGUGGAAGCUCCUUAUACCGAAGAUACAAACCUCACCGACUUUUUUGAGGAUGAUGGCGACCAAUUUCUACGAAAAGUCACUCCUCCCAGAAAAAAAUCAACGACUGAACCUAAACCCAGCCAAUCUUCUAGUAAACGGCCUACAUUAAUUCCCGAAAACGAUCUUUUCGAUGAUUGGCUAGAAGAUGAUAUUGGAUUAAUGAAUGCUGCCAAGAAAAGAAAGACCAAUUGUUUUGAAGGUUCUGAAUCGACUAUAGGGCGGGGUAGCAAAGUGAGGACCAGCAUGUCGCCUAGAAUAUCACAAAAAUCACCAUUGAAACGAGUAAGCAGUGAAACUUACAUACCAGAGAUUAUUCCGAUAAUGGAUAAAUCAGAUAGCGACUCAAUUCAAUCACUACCUUUUCAAGAAAGGAAUGCAUCACUCACACAAUUUAGCAAUAAAACAAGAAAAAGUAGUACAUCACCAUUUCCAAGAAAAAUACCUCUCUCAAAAAACAACAGUUUUGAGGGAAAUAGCAGUAGGCAGCCGAAAAUUACGAAUUUCGUCUCUAGCAGAAGCUAUGUGGAAGCAGAUUCAACUACACCAAGUUCGAGUCAAGAAGCACCACAUUCACAGGUUGCUCCUCAAAUUCCUCUAACUGUGGAUCUGAUGGUAUUUGUGGACGUGAAAGUGGAAGGUAUGGUUUUCAGAGUGCCAGUGAGAGUGUCUCAACUCCAGACUCAUUCUAUUGGGUGGUUAGCUGAAGAGGCUGCCCUAAAAUAUGCCCGAAAAGAAUGUUCAAGACCAUGCUUAGAACUUGAAACAACAUCUGGGGCCCUCUUAUCUAACGAAGAUCCUCUGACUUUGCUUUUCCCACUUGGCACAAUGACUGCUGAACCUGUUGUAGGAAAAAUUGUCAAACUGUGUCUUCCUCCUCUAAUUGAGAGAUACAAAGAAGCAUGUUCACAAAUGAACUCUACUGCCAAUACAAUUGUAUCUAGCACUGUAGAAGAAAUGUCAGUUCGUCUUAGCCUCGAAAAUAGCGGUUUGUUGAGUACAACUCUGACGCCUCUUUGUACUGCACUCAAUCAUCAGACAAGUUUGCUGGAAAUUAAUUUGUCUGGAAAUUUUGUGGACACUAGUUGCUUGGCAAAGCUGUGUUUCAGUUUGCCGUCAUUGGUUAACCUCUCAAUUCUGAAUUUGAGUUCCACAGGACUUCAAGCUGUUCAUUUGGCUGAAUUCGUGAAAAUUUUCACGUCCGCAUCAAAGCCCAUUUUGGAAAAACUGACAUGUCUAGACCUCAGCGAUAACCCGUUGAGGAACAAGUCUCUGCAGCACCUGUCCGAAAUAACGAAAUAUCUCCGACUGAGAUCUCUGAAUUUGUCCAACUGCAGAUUCGACCGAAACUUGUUCCAAGAAGACAGGCAUUGCUUGACUUUGGAAAAUGUCGAGAGGCUAGAUGUGAGCGACAACCGUUUGCAGACGGGCGACAUAAAAAAGCUCGUUUCAUGGUCUGCUCCCGGUGUUUUGACUGAGCUGGAUGUGGGAAGAAAUGAUGGGGGUAAUAGGAACGUGUUGGGCAGUUUGUUGGAACUUUGGAGGGAACAAACAGAUUCCGUUGCGCCGAAGUCCCUGAAUUUAUCUAGGUGCAAUGUGGAUGAAAACGAACUGUAUGAUUUAUUGAGUUCAAGAAAGAGCCUCGAACGCCUGAAUCUCUCCUACAACCCGAAUCUGACUGGCAUUUCGUUGAGACGGCUCCUAGAAUACCCAAAUCUACAAGAAAUAAACCUGCUCGGCUGCCAGAACAUCUUCCAAUAUUUCGACCAGAUACAAGAUUUCCAAGCGACUGCCCACAGAGUGUUGAAGAUAUCCGCGGACGCGAAUUCGCGUUGCGACAAAAUCGUGAAGCUCACCGAAGCUUUCCGGAAAUUGUUCUCUAACGUGUCUGCAGAAACAGGUGAUGUAUUGAUAGUGAGAGGUUCCAAGUGA